UGGAUGAGGAGGCCCUGAGGAAGAAGAUCACUGAUGAGCUGUAUAAAGGCUUGGAGCAAGACAGGGCCAAGGCAGAGCAAGAACUGCAAGCCUGGUUAGAGGCAGAGAAGGCCCGGGCAACAUCACAGGCUCAGGCUGAGGCUCACUCCCAAGUCCAGGACGAAGUGUCCAGGAUCCUGACUGUGGAGCGUUCCGUGGCCCACGAGAGCAUCCAGCAGGCUGUUAUCAGGGAGAGGAUCGCCACCGAGGAUCAGAGGCUCCGUGCUCAGCUAUUUGCCAAGCAGCUGGAGGCUAGGGAAGCAGAUCUAAAGAAGCAGGAUGCUUUCUACAGAGAACAGGUGGCCCGGCUCGAGGAGAGGAGCGCUCAGUUCUACAAGGUCACCACUGAGAACUACCAUAAAGCUGCAGAUCAAGUCAAUGCCAAAUUCAGGAGGUACGAGUUGUAUCCUGUGUGUGCAGACCUGCAGGGCCAGAUCCUCGCCUGUUACAAAGACAACGUUGGGAAAACCCUCCACUGCUCCAACAUAGCAGCUCAGUACCUGCAGUGUGUCAACGACGCUAAACAGAACAAGCUGAGGACCGGGGGUUAAAGAAGAGAGACGAGGAAAGAAGGAGCAAUGAAGAGUUUAUCGCGGGGGGAUUUACUGAUUAUCGAGCGACUGACAGCCAGACUGAACCCGAAUGGCAGAAGAGAGGAAUGAGUCAGCACCAAGACACGCACCCUUCAGAACCCUGUGGAGAACCAAACCAGAACCGAACCAGACUAGAGGCACUGAACACAGCACCCUGAGAGAGACCCUUUUCUCUUUCCCCACCUCUUUCACCCUUUGUCUUUUCUCUAGCGUGAGUAUGGCACUGGGGGGGGUGGUGACACUGUCCGACAUCCUGAAGACACAGCAGGGACCAACAGGAUCCAGCAGGCCUGAGCUUUGGCCCUCUGAAAGGACAAUAAUGAUCAAACCAGGACCACCUCAAGAAAAGCCACCACUGUCACAAGUCACUUGGAUCCACCCCCUAUCACUCCUACACUUAGAAAAGUCUAUUUUUGCUAAUAGUCAGUCCCAUUUUGUCGUCCGUUCCUCAUUGUUUUCCCGCCGCAUUGUCAUGUACGCGAAUGCACCUGUUUCUUCUUUGCACCUGUUUUGUGUGACUUUAUUUUUUUGUGAUGUUAAUAAUGUAACUGUGUUGAGCGUUCAUCCAGACCGACACUUGUGACAAUGUCUGAUCAGAGGCAAAUAAAAGACGAAACCAUGCAGGAA